AUGGGAUACUUGGAUGAGCAAUUUUGUCAGAUUGAGGACUUGCAGGAUGAAGCAAGCCCUAAUUUUACAGAAGAAGUUGUUUCCUUGUUCUUCAAGAACUCAACCAGGCUAAUGACAAAUAUUGAGCAAGCUAUCAUUGGUGCUUCUAGGAUGAAGAACGAGUGCACCUCAUUCAGGAAUAGCUGUGGAGACGAGAAUGCUGAAGGUUGUAUGAGGUCCUUCCAGAACUUGAAGAGGGAGCAUGGAGUCCUCAGGCAGAAGCUGGAAUCCUACUUCCAGCUGCUGCGACAAGCCGGUCCUGCCGUGACUGCAACCAGACCUAGAGGCAUGUAA